AUGGUGACAGCUAAGGAAGUGGCAUCGCAGGUGGAGGGUUUCGAAGAACGCCUGUCUUCUCUGCAUUUUGGAUUUCGUUUGGAGAUGGAUGGCUUACGCAAUGAGUUUCAGCGACUCGAUACAGAUAAGGUAGCUGCUGGACUUUCGAAGAUCUCAUCCCUAGAGAACUCAGUACAAUCUCUGGAAGGAGGUGUUCAAGAUCUGGUGAGACGAUUUGAUUUGUUGCUUCAGCAACAGGCCUAUUCAGCUCCUUUGUCUGCAACUGACAUUGCUCCUCCUUUAGUCACAUCGAGUCGUGCGGCUGACAAAGGGAAGAGUGCAGCUUUCCCAACGUCUUCUUCAAUGUCAGUGCCGGAACAUACUUCUGAUCCACUUCCUCGGAAGUUGGAGUUGCCCAUUUUUUAUGGGGAAAAUCCAGACGGCUGGCUUUUUCGCGCAGAGCGCUAUUUUGAGAUUAAUGGCUUGCUUCCGGCGGAAUGUCUGCGGGCGGCAGUGGUCUGUUUAGAGGGUGAUGCACUGGUUUGGUAUUAUUGGGAGGAUGGUAGGCGACCUUUUCGUAGUUGGGCAGAAUUCAAGGAACUCCUCCUUGAACGUUUCCGAUCAACUCAGGAGGGAAACUUGCAAGAGCAGCUUCUAUCAUUAUGUCAAUCCACUACUGUCAAGGAAUAUCGUCGCCAUUUCGAGGUGCUUUCUGCCCCCUUACGUGACCUACCAGAAUCAGUCCUUGAAGCAGCCUUUGUGAAUGGGUUGCACCCAGAUAUCCAGACCGAACUCCGACAGAUGGAACCCGUUGGGCUGUUUAGAAAAAUGGUUGCAGCCCAGAAAAUUGAGGAAAAGAAUCAGGCCUUAUGGGCCUAUCAAUCAAGUUCAUUUCCUCGUGGGCCCGCAACGUCCCUCUCUGGAAUCCACUUUAACUCACGGGUUUCGCAAGUGACUACUUCUGCUGUCACCCGACCUGCACGUCCCGCAAUUUCUCCUCCUUCAUCAGCCCCUAUUAUUAAGGCCCCGCCUCCUGCUUUCAAAAAGAUGACUGACAAGGAGAUGCAGCAGAAACGUGCGAAGGGUCUAUGCUUCCGUUGCGACGAGAAAUACAGCCCGGGACAUCGUUGUGCUCAGAAAUCACUUCAGGUUUUAUGGGUUCAAGAUGAUGUGGAGGAAAUUGCUUCUGAUGCGUCUAAUUGGGACUGCACUUCCGGGGACACUGAAAUUGCUCCGGCUCCAGAAUCAGCCGCACUUUGUGUUUCGUCUCUUGUUGGGUUGUGUGCGGCAAAUUCCCUUAAGGUGCGUGGACGCAUUUUGUCACGUGAGGUGGUCAUAUUGGUAGACUCGGGUGCAUCCCACUAUCUCCGAAACUUUAGUGGAAGAAUUGAAAUUACCCGCACCCCUACACACGAAUUUGGAGUUCAGAUGGGAAAUGAUGAUGAGGUGAGAACUUCCGGAGUCUGCCGUCAGGUUUGCCUCAACUUACCUGAAUUGGAUGUCAUUGCUGAUUUCUUUCCCUUAAAGUUGGGUUCUAUGGAUGCCAUUCUUGGUUUUCCUUGGUUAGCAUCCCUCAGGGACUCAGUGAUGAAUUGGGGCAACAUGUCUAUGAAGCUCAAUUUGGGAGGUGUCCAGGUAAAGUUGCAGGGUGACCCUUCUCUCUGUUCCUCUCAGGUAUCUUUGCAUGCUAUGAUGCGUAACUUACAACAUGAGGGACAAGGGGUUUUGUUAGAAUUAAAACAAUUGCAGAUAGUGGAUUCUCCGUUGAACUCUGUCUUGCCUACAUCCCCGCCAAUCUUCGCUUUACUAGAUGAGAUCAAAGAUGUUUUUGACAUGCCUACGAACUUACCCCCUACACGGGCUAUGGAACAUGCUAUUGUCUUGCAGGAGGGCACUUCUCCUAUCUCUGUUCGUCCUUACAGAUAUCCUCAAUUCCAGAAAGAUGAAAUUGAACGCCUUGUCUCUGAGAUGCUGGCUGCGGGUAUUAUUCAGCCGAGUACAAGCCCCUACUUGAGCCCGGUCCUUUUAGUCAAGAAGAAAGACGGAAGUUGGCGUUUUUGUGUGGAUUACAAAGCCCUUACCCGUGCUACGGUUCCGGAUAAAUUCCCCAUUCCGGUUAUCAAAGAACUUCUCGAUGAGCUCCAUGGUGCUUCUAUUUUUCAGCAAAAUUGA